AUAUACCCGGCGCAGAGUAUAAUUUUCACUCGAGUGCUUCCCCAGGGCUACAAUGAAUGGAAACAUUACGAAUUGUGCCAAUGGCACCCACAAGGCGUCAAAAUUGCUCUGGAGGCAUCCUGCCCCGCAGUCUACUCCGAUGUGGAAGUUCCUACAACAUGUGAAUGAGAAAUACGGGCUGCGAUUGCAGAGCUAUGAGACGCUUCAUAAGUGGAGCAUUGAACAUAUAGGGGAGUUUUGGGACACGACAUGGGAAUAUUUAGGCAUCAGGUCGAAAUCUCGUGCCGCCAAGGUAGUGGACAAUGAUGGGCCAAUGUUUCCUCGUCCUACCUUCUUUGAAGGUGCAUAUCUCAAUUUCGCAGAGAACCUCUUAUAUCCCGUCCAAGAGGUCGAUCCCGAAAGCCCCGCUAUAAUCGCUGCUACUGAGACUACGAGGGAAACAGUGACAUGGAAGGAGCUGCGGGAGCGAGUGAGGCACUGCCAAGCCGGAAUGUUAGCAUUGGGGCUGGAUGAAGGAGAUCGCGUUGCGGGAUACGUUGCAAAUCAUACAAACGCUCUAGUCGCGAUGCUAGCCACCACCUCCCUAGGAGGGAUCUGGACAGCAGUAAGCCCGGACACAGGGGUACACGCGGUGUUGGAGCGCCUGAGGCAGAUUGAACCGGUCUUGCUCUUCUCAGACAAUGCCGCCUUUUACAAUGGUCGAAGCCAUCCGGUAAUCCCAAAGGUUAGAGAGAUAGCGUCGGCUCUGUCAUCCCUCAGAGCCGUCGUAGUUUUUCAUACCGUCUCCAAUGUGGAGGAUGACCUUGGAUUAAUUAAAUUCCCUUCUGGAAAGGCAUACGGCUACUCAGCCUUCACAUCCCUCGCAAUGCCCGUGUCGACUCUAACAUUCAAGCAACUUCCUCCUGAUCAUCCAGUCUACAUCCUAUACUCUUCCGGCACGACAGGUGCGCCGAAAUGCAUCGUACAUGGCGCCAUUGGAACCCUGCUUCAGCAUAAGAAAGAGCACAUUCUACAUUGCUCCAUCACACCUACGUCUCGACUUUUCUAUUUCACCACCUGUACCUGGAUGAUGUGGCACUGGCUUGUCUCAGGACUAGCUUCCGGAGCUACUCUUGUUCUCUAUGAUGGGUCUCCCUUCCGCUAUCUCUGUCCGUCAGAUCCGUCAACCUCUGUACCCGACGAUAUCGCAAUGCCUCGUUUGAUCAACGAAGUUGGUAUCACGCACUUUGGGACAAGCGCUAAGUACCUCUCCGUCCUCGAACAAAAGAGCUUGAAUCUGAAAGCCGAACUAUCUAUGAAAACUUUAGAAGCUAUCUACUCUACCGGCUCUCCUUUAGCACCUUCCACAUUCUCGUUUGUCUACAACGCAUUCCCCCCAUCCAUCAACCUCGGCAGUAUAACUGGCGGGACUGACAUCAUAUCUCUCUUCGGUGCUCCAAAUCCUCUUCUCCCCGUCUACGAAGGUGAGAUCCAAGGGCCCGGACUUGGCAUGGACAUCCGAGCCUUCGAUUACACAGGCCAAGACAUCACGAAGACUGGCGAACCUGGUGACCUCGUCUGUACAAAGCAUUUCAUUUGUCAACCGGUCAGCUUUUGGGGCAAGGACGGCGAGAAGAAAUACCGCAGCAGCUACUUCGAUAAAUUCGAAAAUAUUCGAGGAGAACCAGUCUGGCAUCACGGCGACUUUGUCCGCUUCAACCGUGAGACUGGAGGGCUGUGGAUGCUUGGACGUAGCGAUGGGAUUUUGAAACCAGCGGGUGUGCGGUUUGGGUCAGCGGAGAUCUACAACGUUUUGCUCCAGCAUUUUGCAGAUGAGGUCGCGGACGCGCUCUGCAUUGGACAAAGACGAGAAGAAGACACCGAUGAAACUGUAUGCUUAUUUCUCAAGAUUACGGAGGGUAGAACAUUUUCACAGGAGUUAGUGGAGAGGAUAAGAAUGACAGUGAAGAAAGAGCUUAGUGCAAGGCAUGUUCCAGGGGCUGUGGAUGAGUGUCCCGAGAUCCCGGUUACCACGAAUGGGAAGAAGGUCGAAGGUGCAGUUAAGCAGAUCUUGUGUGGCUUGAAUGUGAAGACUUCGGCGAGUGUCGCGAACGCGGAGUGUUUAGACUGGUACAGGGAAUGGGCGAAGACUCAUUAGGAAGUGACAUUAUUUGUUAUAGGAUAUGGUGUGAUUAAAUGUG